GGAAGAUAGCCGGCCUCGCCCCCUCGCGGGGCGGGGCCGCGCCGGCCUCUCGCGAUAGCUCGGUCGUGCCCUUGUCGCCAUGGCGGGCUAUUGGGACGGGCCCGAGGGCGAGCGCUGCCCGCAGCGCACCUGGCUCGCCACGCGCGUGGGCGCGGCCGCGGGCCUGGUCGGGGCGGCGUAUCGCAUCAUCCUGCUGCGGCCCGGCUCGGCUCUGGCCGCACUGCAGACGGCGGCGGCGGACAGCGUCACGAUGGCUACACUGGGAGCUGUGUUUGGCUUAAGUACCUGUCUCAGUGCCCAAGUCCGGGAAGAACCGGAGGAUCCUUUGAACUAUUUCAUAGGCGGCUGUGCAGCAGGAGCUGUCUUGGGAGUGAGAGCUCACAGUUACCUCACUGGCACCACAGCAUGUCUGGGGUUCGGAAUCACUGCGGCUCUCAUGAAGAUCGGUAACAAGGAGGGCUGGAGGCUGACGGGACCUCCCAAGCUGUAAACGUCACCUUUCCCCCUGUGAGCUGGCUUCCAAAUGCUGUAUGUACUUAGGACAUCAUGUAAUAAAGAUUUGGUCCAAUCAGCAGUUGUCACAACA